UUGUUGAAAUAGUUCAAUAAAUAUAUAUCAAAAAAUGAUAUUUAAACCAGAAUUAUCAUCCAUUGUUAGCCUAAUGAAAUUGGCCAGUAUAAGGAACGACAAGUCUGACAAACCCAUAAUAAGAUUUUUAAUAAUGUUUAGGCAUAUAUUUGAAGUUGUACUCACCAUCGGCACCGCAAUCUCUUGCUACGUGGCUGGAUGGAAAAACAACAUAGGUUUGGUGAUGUUCUACUCUAUCAUCGGGACUAUCGCCUGUGUGCAGUCAAUUUACUUUUUGUACAACUAUGAAACAGGCAAGUUGAUCUUUCAUGAUCUUAAGAUGCUGAUGAAAAUACAGGAAUUGGACAGGACGCAAGACAUGCUCCACAAUGAGACAGAUUUCACCUGGAAAUGGAUUCAGAUGUACAGCUUCAACUUGAUAGCUUUCAUGAUUUUGUAUUCGUCCUCACCAAUUUUGGUUGAAUUCAUUCUCUUCAUUUUAAAAAUCGAAGUGGCUCCAUUUUUACCACCGUUGCCAUUGAAUGGAUUCAUUGUUGGAACAGAACGGCACACAAUAUUGUAUUUUUGUGUUUGCUUUGCAAGUAUAUAUUGGAGCGUGUCCGGAAUGCUGGCUGCCAUAGGGAACCAAUCAGUUCCUGCCAUCUACUUGUCGUAUCAUUCAUUGGGGAUUACUGUACUGCUAGAGAAAAUGAAAAAACUAAAGAGAAAGAUCGACUUGAGAUCUAUGCAUUUUAGAGACACAGUUGAUGAAAAAGUUGCUGUAAGAGAAUUAAUUCACUUAAUACAAGAGCAUAAGCUACUAUUGAGAUUAACUCACAAUAUUAAUUUGUACUGUGGAUUUCCAUUGGCAGUGCAGAAUAUAAUGAUAUCAGGCUGUGUCUGUCUUCUUGCGUAUGCAUUUUUAACGGAAAUCAACACUGACAUCAGUGCCAUGCUAGUCAACGCAUUCUGCCUUGUCCUUAUGUUCCUCAUAGCUGGAAUUCCUUGCAUUUUGGGUCAAAGGGUUGAGACCCUGAGCUACCAACUAUGUGACGGUUUGUAUGAUUUGCCUUGGUACAAGCAAAGCCCGCAUUUGAGAAAAUAUCUCAAUAUGGCACUUAGACAGGCAAACAAAGGUAUGAAGAUACACUAUCAUGGACGGUCGCCGCUCAACCAUAACACAUUGAUUAAUAUAUUAAAUACAUCUUACUCUUAUUUCAUGGUUUUACAAUCAAGUUUGUAAGGAGAUUGAGACACUUGCAUUAUUUAUGGAACACUGAGAUUAAAUAAUAAUAGCUCACAAAUUACACCAUCAAAUACGGUGUUUUUGUAACACACUUUAUAUUUUUGGUUCUGAUGAUUUUCAGUUUAUGAGUGUUUAACAAAACUUAAAUUAUAUGAAUUUACCGAAAUUUAGCUCUG